CCGGACUGGUGGGUCCUGAUAUCUUUGGAACGACGCCUGCCUGAGAGAAAAAGCCAGCGUACGCCCCCUUUGAGAAUCACUGCCCCAAUGCGAAGGAAAAGGAAGCAGCCUGUCUGCACGGAGCUGGCCCCAGACAACAGCAGCCACGGAGACGCUGCGCGAUACUCCUCGGAUAACCCACGUCCUGCCGAAAUGUCUUCGGUCGACGUCAAGUUCGACACUCUAGCAAAGCCCAUGCACAACGAUGCCUCCCUUCUGGAGCUUUUUGCGUUGAUUGAAAGCAAUCCUUGCAUCUGGAAGAAUGACUCGAAGAACUUCAAGAACAUUCACUUGAAACGGCGUCUAUGGCGUCGUUUUGCGUGUCACCUUCAGCAGCGAUAUCCCUUGAUGGGGCCUUUUACACCUGACAACCUACGCUACGUGUACAGCAUCAAGCGACGUCAGUACUACGACGAGCUCAAGGAGAAGACUGUGCGACGCAAGUCUGGUGUCCUGGAAUAUACAGGUCGUUGGAAGUUCUUCGAUUCUCUCAGCUUCCUUCGGGUCCACUCUGAGCCUUUCCGUUCUUACGUGCAGAGCGCAGUGCUUCACUUUGAAGAAAGCGAACUCGCUGUCCUCGAUGAAUGCGCCGACUCCACAUGCUUGGAACAAGACAGUGGGAUAGCCGUCGACAUCGACGUUGAGGACUCCCCCUUUGGAGCCCCAGAGAUUCGAGAAGGCCCCGUGGACUGCACGCUCGCGUCAUACCAGAAGCAACGGUUCACCGGCGAAAGAUCUCCACUUGCAACUGAGCAGAGUCCAAGCUUCCCCGACGCUAAAAGACCCCGAACGGACACUGAUGACGUAUGGCAGACACCCAAAGUUGAAGCUGUACGGUCUCUGACUCCCUGUGUUCCAGCACCAUUGUAUGACGAGUGUGAUCAAUUCGGCAACAUUAUCGCGAACUACAUGCGUCGCUUAUCUGAGGAGGACAGGUUGGAGUUCCACUGCCACAUCAUGAAUAGUAUCAACGACUUUUUCAAAUGUUUGAGUAGGUACGCGUAGCGCUGUUCGAAGUCUGUUUACUCUGUUUACUUUCUGUGAAUCCGUGUAGAUGACACGUGAUCAAGCGGUUGCGA